CUCAGCGUCCUCCUCUCUCUUAUAAAUAACGGAGAGGCUGCUGCAGCAUUGUAUAGGACACAUUUGUAGGAACCGAGGAUGACUCCGGCUUUCCAAGUGUUGAUAUGUCUCUGCAUGUUGGGACUGAGCUUUGCAGCACCAAAACCAAGAGACAUACGUUGGUGUGUGACGUCAGAGACUGAAGUAAAAAAGUGCAAUGAUCAAGCAAAAUCCUGCAGUGUCAAUGGGUUUGUCCUCAAAUGUGUGAAAAAAUCAAGCACUGAGGACUGCAUGAAAGCUAUAAGUGAUGGACAAGCGGAUGCCAUUUCUCUGAAUAAUGAACAAGUUCACAAAGCUUCAUUAAAUCCCUUUAAUUUGAGGCCUAUCAUGACUGGCAGUCAUUCUCAGAGAGAUCAAGGCCCCUGUCAAAAGGAACGUCAAGCUCUGCUUGGAGCAGGGAGACCCCUACUGGGAGCUUUUGUGCCUGAGUGCGAUGAAAAGGGCAACUAUAUUCCAAAGCAAUGCCAUGGCAGCACAGGUUACUGUUGGUGUGUUAAUGAAGAAGGUAAAGAGAUUGAUGGAACAAAAACAUCACCAGGACAACCAUCCCAAACGUGUGAAGAUUCAGCAGCUAAAAAUCAAGGCCCCUGUCAAAAGGAACGUCAGGCUCUGCUUGGAGCAUCAAGACCCCUACUGGGAGCUUUUGUGCCCGAGUGCGAUGAAAAGGGCAACUAUAUUCCAAAGCAAUGCCAUGGCAGCACAGGUUACUGUUGGUGUGUUAAUGAAGAAGGUAAAGAGAUUGAUGGAACAAAAACAUCACCAGGACAACCAUCCCAAACGUGUGAAGAUUCAGCAGCUAAAAAAAGUACCCCUUGCUUGAGGCACCGCCAGAGGGCACUUGGAGAAGGAAAGAAACCCAUCCCCAUAGGGGAAUUUGUACCAGAAUGCAAUGAUGAUGGUCACUAUGUUCCAAAACAGUGUCAUGGCAGCACCGGUCAUUGCUGGUGUGUGAACAAAGAUGGUGAAGAGAUAGAGGGUUCACGAGCUGGACCAGGCAAAGCUCCUGUAAUAUGUGAAGAUGCAGCUACAGAUACCCCCUGCUUAAAGGAACGCCAAAAAAUACUCGGAGAAAAAACACCUUCAGUUGGAAGGUUUGUGCCAAAGUGUGAUGAAAAGGGUAACUACAGCUCCCAGCAGUGUCAUGGCAGCACCGGUUACUGUUGGUGUGUUAAUGUAAAUGGUGAGGAGAUAGCUGGGACAAAGACCCCACCUGGACAACCAGCUCAAAACUGCGCAGCCCAUGCACCAGAUACCCCCUGCUUAAAGGAACGACAAAAAAUACUCGGAGAAAAAACACCUUCAGUUGGAAGGUUUGCGCCUAAGUGUGAUGAAAAAGGUAACUACAGCUCCCAGCAGUGUCAUGGCAGCACCGGUUACUGUUGGUGUGUUAAUGUGAAUGGUGAGGAGAUAGCUGGGACAAAGACCCCACCUGGACAACCAGCUCAAAACUGCGCAGCCCAUGCACCAGAUACCCCCUGCUUAAAGGAACGACAAAAAAUACUCGGAGAAAAAACACCUUCAGUUGGAAGGUUUGUGCCUAAGUGUGAUGAAAAGGGUAACUACAGCCCCCAGCAGUGUCAUGGCAGCACCGGUUACUGUUGGUGUGUUAAUGUAAAUGGUGAGGAGAUAGCUGGGACAAAGACCCCACCUGGACAACCAGCUCAAAACUGCGCAGCCCAUGCACCAGAUACCCCCUGCUUAAAGGAACGACAAAAAAUACUCGGAGAAAAAACACCUUCAGUUGGAAGGUUUGUGCCUAAGUGUGAUGAAAAGGGUAACUACAGCCCCCAGCAGUGUCAUGGCAGCACUGGUUACUGUUGGUGUGUUAAUGUAAAUGGUGAGGAGAUAGCUGGGACAAAGACCCCACCUGGACAACCAGCUCAAAACUGCGCAGCCCAUGCAGCUGAUACGCCCUGCUUAAAGGAACGACAAAAAAUACUUGGAGAAAAGGCACCUGUAAUUGGAGGAUUUGUACCUCAGUGUGAUGAAAAGGCUGAAACAGUCUGCAUACAAGAAAGGCAGAAAGUGCUUGGUGCAGGGCAACCUUUACCAGGAGCUUUUGUACCGGAUUGUGAUGAGAAAGGCAACUACAGCCCAAAGCAAUGCCAUGGCAGCACUGGAUAUUGUUGGUGUGUUACCAAAGAUGGUCAAGAGAUACAGGGUACAAGAACUGCAUCUGGGCAGUCCCCCCCUACAUGUGAGGUCUCAGAUAUUUCAGCAGCUGAUACGCCCUGCUUAAAGGAACGCCAAAAAAUACUCGGAGAAAAGAUACCUUCAGUUGGUAGGUUUGAGCCUCAGUGUGAUGAAAAGGGUAACUACAGCCCCCAGCAGUGUCAUGGCAGCACCGGUUACUGUUGGUGUGUUAAUGUGAAUGGUGAAGAGAUAGCUGGGACAAAGACCCCACCUGGACAACCAGCUCAAAACUGCGCAGCCCAUGCUGAAACAGUCUGCAUAAAAGAAAGGAAGAAAGUGCUUGGUGCAGGGCAACCUUUACCAGGAGCUUUUGUACCUGACUGUGAUGAGAAAGGCAACUACAGCCCAAAGCAAUGCCAUGGCAGCACUGGGUAUUGUUGGUGUGUUACCAAAGAUGGUCAAGAGAUACAGGGUACAAGAACUGCAUCUGGGCAGUCCCCCCCUACAUGUGAGGUCACAGCACCAGAUACCCCCUGCUUAAAGGAACGACAAAAAAUACUCGGAGGAAAGAUACCUUCAGUUGGAAGGUUUGUGCCUAAGUGUGAUGAAAAGGGUAACUACAGCCCCCAGCAGUGUCAUGGCAGCACCGGUUACUGUUGGUGUGUUAAUGUAAAUGGUGAGGAGAUAGCUGGGACAAAGACCCCACCUGGACAACCAGCUCAAAACUGCGCAGCCCAUGAGCAAGUCCCUACACAUUCUGUGGUCACCAGAAGCAAUGGAGACAAGACUAAGGAUAUCACUGAGUAUCUUCUUGAAGCUCAGAAAAAGCAGUGCAAACUAUUUAGCUGAACCCAAGGGCAGGAUUUUGUGUUUGCAGACACAACCAAGACACAACAAGUUUGAUUACUCUUCCACCAGAAAUGGACACUUUUCUGUUUUUGAGAUCAGAAAUCUUUAAUUCCAUGAAAACACUGCACAGUAUGGGACUUGUGUGAAUUCCAAGAAUUAUUUUAUAGGUUUAACUAGCUGUGAUACUUAUGACUUAUGUUUUGAUUUUCUUUUGUUGUCCCAGAACAGAAACAUUUUACUACCUUAGCUCUGUUCAGGUGGUUGAUAACCCCAAGGUGCUUGUCUCAGAAUUUUAGUGUGUUCUGAGAUAAAAAUGUUUAUUAUUGUGGUUUUUUUUCUGCAUUUCCUGUUACUUUGCCUUUAACUGCUGUGUUAACUGCUAAGUUAAUUGUUUUCCAAGAACUGGUGAGUAGCCACAGUAACAAUCCUCUGCCAAUCAAGGCAAACCAGCCCUGCCUCCACCCUAGUCCCCCACGGACAGGGAGAGGUCCAGUUUAGCUAGUUUAGUCUUGGUUUAGCCAGAGGUGAAGAAACAUCCCCAGCUGCAGUCAUACCUUUUAUGAGAGUAGGCCUUUAGUAUUGUCCACCUGUUCUAGAGUAGCUGAUCUUCUGUCACACCGAUUCCGCCAUCAAGGUGAAGUCACAUCAUUGUCUAAAAGGUUCUUUAGGGGCAAAGGCAUAUGUCUGAUGGGGUCUUUAGCAAGUUGGAUCAGGGUCCCAUCCAUCUCUGUGACGAACUUGCGUACGGGCCCCUUUGCCUGAUGCUCUCAAGUAAAUGGCUUCUAGGCUUAGGUGAGGUAGAGGGAUCUUUCAAGUUUCCAUGGACUGCCCCCGUAAAUGACCCUGGCGAUAUGCCCAUCUAAAGAAACUCAAUCUAUUAAGAAUCCAGCUUGUGUCAGUUAUCUCCACUGAUCUCCUGUCACCUCCAGUCAAGUCUUACAAGUGUCACCAGUCAGUGAAAAGUCCUGACUCAAGAAUGUCUAGAUUGUCUCCACACAUACUCAAGUCCCACAAUUUCUAGGAAACUGCCACUGUGGCUUCUCACUAAAUUCAAUCUCCACCUGGGUAACUGGAUUGCCGGAAUCUUGUCUCCAUUAUCUGAACUGUCACCUCUGUAUUGUGAUUCUGCAAACUGCUCAGUAAAUUUCAAUUA